AUGGGUGACUACACGAAAGCACUUGAGUUUUACGGAAAAGCACAUAAAAUAGAUGAAAAAGCUCUGCCUCCAUAUCAUCUCGAUUUAGCCACUUCCUACAGCAACGUCGGUGAAGUAUAUAACGGCAUGGGUAACUAUGCGAAAGCACUAGAAUUUCACGACAAAGAACUCAAAAUAAAAGAAAAAGCUCUGCUGCCAACUCAUCCCGAUUUGGCUACUUCCUAUCACAACAUUGGUCAAACAUAUAAUAACAUGGGUGACUACUCGAAAGCACUUAAAUUUUAUGAAAAAGCACAAAAAAUCUACGAAAAAGCUCGGUCUCCGAAUCAUCCCGAUUUGGUUACUUCCUACCACAACAUUGGUCUUGCGUAUAACAACAUGGGUGAUUACUCGAAAGCACUCGAGUUUUACGAAAAAGCACAUAAAAUAAAAGAGAAAGUUCUACCUCCGACUCAUCCCGAUUUGGCUACUUCCUACAAUAGCAUCGGUAUAGCCUAUUACGGCAUGGGUGAUUACUCGAAGGCGCUUGAAUUUUACGAAAAAACACACAGAAUACAAGAAAAAGUUCUGCCUCCGACUCAUCCUUCAUUGGCUGCUUUAUACAGCAACAUCGGUUCAGUGUAUUAUAGCAUGGAUGAUUACUCGAAAGCACUUGGAUUUUACGAAAAAGCAUAUAAAAUAAAAGAAAAAACUCUGCCUCCGACUCAUCUCGAUUUGGCUACUUCCUACAGUAACAUCGGUCAAGUGUAUAACGACAUGGGUGACUACUCAAAAGCACUUGAGUUUCACAAAAAAGCACAUAAAAUAGCUGAAAAAGCUCUGCCUCCAAAUCAUCCCGAUUUGGCUACUUUCCACAGCAACAUCGGUAUAGCAUAUUACGGCACGGGUCACUACUCGAUAGCGCUCCAGUUUUACGAUAAAGACCUGGAAAUCACAAAACAAGCUCUCCCUCCUUAUCAUCCUGAUUUGGCUACUUCCUACAGCAACAUUGGUCAAGUGUGUGACGCCAUGGGUGACUACUCGAAAGCAUUUGGGUUUUACGAAAAAGCACUGAAAGUAAGAGAAAAAGCUCUGUCUCCAUAUCAUCUCGAUUUGGCCACUUCCUACAGUAACAUCGGUUCGAUGUAUUGCAAAAUGGGCGACUACUCGAAAGCACUUGGAUUUUACGAAAAAGCACAUAAAAUAAAAGAAAAAACUUUGCCUCCGACUCAUCUCGAUUUGGCUGCUUCCUGCAGUAAUAUCGGUCAAGUGUAUAACGACAUGGGUGAUUACUCAAAAGCGCUUCAAUUUCACGAAAAAGCAUAUAAAAUAGUUGAAAAAGCUCUGCCUCCAAAUCAUCUCGAUUUGGCUACUUUCUAUAACAACAUCGGUAUAGCGUACUACGGCAUGGGGCACUACUCGAAAGCACUUCAAUUUUACCAGAAAGAUCUGGAAAUUACGAAACAAGCUGUGCCUUCUUAUCAUCCCAAUUUGGCUACUUCUUACAGCAACAUUGGUCAAGUGUAUAACGCUAUGGGUGACUAUUCGAAAGCACUUGAGUUUUACGAAAAAGCACUGAAAGUAAGAGAAAAAGCUCUGUCUCCAUAUCAUCUCGAUUUGGCCACUUCCUACAGUAACAUCGGUUCGGUGUAUUACAGAAUGGGUGACUACUCGAAAGCACUUGAAUUUUACGAAAAAGCACAUAAAAUAAAAGCAAAAACUCUGCCUCCAAACCAUUCUGAUUUGGCUAUUUCCUAUAACAACAUUGGUGGAGUGUAUAAUGCCAUGGGUGACUACUCGAUAGCACUUGCAUAUCUAGAAAAGACACUUGCCAUCGAACAAAAAUCACUUCCACCAAAGCAUCCUACAAUUAAAACAACGAUAGAUAAUAUUAACUCUAUCAAAAAGAAGAUGUAA